AUGCGUCCGAUUUUUCGUAUGCGUUUAGUCGUACGAAUUGAAAAACAAAAUAGUUUAUUUUUGGUCGUUGCGUCGUGCGAUUCAUUCGUAUCCAUGGAGUUAUUAAUUUCAGAAGUACAAAAAAGAAAAGUUCUAUGGAAUAAAUGGGACAAAAAAUAUAAAGACAGGAUAGUUUCUGACAAGGCAUGGGAUGAAGUAGCUAAAAUAACAAAAAUGACAAGAAGACGUGAAAAAAAAUGGAGAGAUUUACGGGACACAUUUUUGAGGGAAAAGAAAAAAGUUAAAAAAAGUUGUUCCGGAGAUUCACAAGAAGGCGCUGAGGUGUAUUUAGGAAAAUGGUCCCAUUAUAAAUUGAUGAUGUUUUUAAAAGACACAACUAAUCCGAGAAUUUCAGAUGGUAAUAUUUCAGGCGAAGAAGAUUCACUUCAAGAAUGUCCUGACACUGAUGGUGGCCAUGAUAAUGAUAUAGACCAUAUUGAUAACGAUGACUCAAAUACUAUGAAUAUAUUUAAUGUGUCGGAAACUGAAACAGAAACUAGGCAAAGAAUUGAAUGUAUUCCAACAUUUGAAUCAUGCAGUACACCAUCAAUAUCAAUGUCAACAACAAACUUAUCUAGCAAUUCUGAUCACACACUACCUCGCAAGAAAAAAAAAAAUGAAGAUAAAUAUUUAGAAGAUUUACUGAACAUUGAGAGUCAAAAAGUGGCAUUUUUAAAGCAGUCUUAUAACAAUAAUGUAACCACUUCAGAAAUCAAUGAAGAUAUGUCAUUUUUUCAGUCUCUAAUUCCAUAUUUUAAAAAAUUAGAUCCAAUCCAAAAGCUUCGAGUUAGAAAUAAGUUUCAAAAUAUUUUAAUAGAAGAACUAUCUCCGAUUCGAGAACAGGUAUUAAAUGUUUCAAAUAUACCACCAUACAUUGCAGAAUCUACUCCAGAUCCUCAACUAUCAGUUUCAUCAUACAACGCUCAGCAAUAUACUUCACAAGAACCAGGUUAUCAUUACAUUCACUCAUCUAAUGUUCAAUAA